GCUGACUGACAACAGGUGAACGAGAGUUCAGCAUCAGAAACACAGAGCCCACUUAAGACAUCUCAGCGGGAUUUAAUGCGCGAUGAGAGGACGGUAACGGCGAGGAAGCCGAGCUUGCCACGAUGUUUCCUCCUCCUGCUGCAACAGAUGUCCUGAGUGGAACUACACUGAGAGAAGAAACCUAACGCAUACAGCAGAAAAUCCAGACAAUCCCUUUGGCAAUUGGAAGAGGAUGGGACGUCCCGCAGUGCUUUUGUUUCCUGUGAGAGGAAAACUUCAAUCACUUCAAUGUCGUGUCUUCAUUGGUCCGUUAAGUGUUCCAUGAAGCCUCCCAAGGUGUCGUCCGAUUGGUCCUUCAUCCCACUGUGAAGACUUUUCAGCCAAUCGGCUCCUGCCUGGCAGCGUCUCCUCUGCAGCAGAUUUCUGCUUCAGUUGGGACAGAGCACAACAAGGCAGAUCGAGGUGCACCGCAGCUGAAUCAGGGAUUCUGCACAAGUGGUCUCCAUCAUGGAGGUGCCCAGGAGGCCUCAGCCUUCCUCCUUCACGCUGGCUCUUCAUAAACCAGCAUCCUCUGCUGCUCUGUCUCCCAUCGGAGCUGUAGAGAAGGUCACCAAGAAAGAUCAGAUGAAAGAAAAGCUCCAGGAGAAGAAGGAUGGAUCCGCAGAGGAAGAUCAGUCUGGAGAAGAGACGUUCAACCCGGACGAGGAUGCGGGAGUUUCUGUGAUUGUGGACGCACCGGCCGAAGACUCAGAACUUGUAGAUGAAAACACUUCCACUGUGGACUCAAACGAGAGACUUUCCUCAGAGGACGGUUCUUCAGAGGAGAGGUCGGCGGAGGAGUUAAAAGAGGCUAAAAAGAAGACCGAGGAGGAGGAAGCGGCGGCUAAAGAGAGGGCAGCCCAGAGACAGCUGAUGGCCAUCGAGGAGCUGGUGCAGUCUGAGAGGAAUUACCUUCGACUGCUGCAAGUCAGCACAGUGACCAUCAGGAGCAACCUGCAGAAACUACAGCCUCCUCUAGCCAACCUGGACAGCAUGUUUCUCUACAUAGAAGAAGUGAUCGACGUGUCGGGUCGACUCCUCAGCCUGCUGGACCAGAAGCAGGUUCAGACUGGAGACCCUCUCUUCCUGGAGACGCUCUGUGAUUCAUUCCUCAGCCUGUCUUCAGACAUUGAGGCAGCCUAUAAGGAAUACUUGGCCAACUACAACCAUGUUACGGUGGUGGAGAACAGCUACAAACAGAAGGAAGUGCUCUGGAACGAGAUCGUCAAGGUCAUCAAGACCUCAGCGCCCGAAGUAAACGCCACCUCUCUGAGUUUCUUCCUGGUGAUGCCGGUGCAGCGAAUAGCCCGCUACCCCCUCCUCCUGCAGACCAUCCAGAAACACACCGACAGAACUCACCCAGCGUACGCGCUCCUGGAGCAGACCGCUCACACCUCCAUCGCCUUGAACUGUCGCAUCAACGAGUACAAACGCUUCAGAGAAGUCGCUGACAAAUACAAGAAGACAGAAACCCUGACCAUCAAGGACAAGAUCAACCGCCUCAACAGCCACAGCAUCGCCAAGAAGACGGCGAGGCUCAGCCAGCACUUCAAACACGAGACUGGAAUGGCUACUAAGCUGGUGGAUGAGGAGUUUGACGCCCUGGAAGGUUUCUUUUACGUUCUGGAGCACGGCAUCCUGGAGCUUCUUGAGAACGUAGAGAUGUAUCUGCUUCACUUACGGGCGUUCCUGACCUGCAAAACAGAGGAGUUUGACUUGGACAUGGAUGGAGAGAAGGCACCUAUCUGCUACAAGGAGAUCACUACGGCGCUCAGACAGUGGAUCCUUCCUUCGUUUGAAAAGAGAAUGAGGACGUUGAUCCACAAGCCUUUGUGUGCGCUCCGUGACCUCCUUGUCGGCCCGAGGAACCUGAUCAGGAAGAGGCUGGACAAGCUGCUGGACUAUGAAGUGAUAGAGGCCAAAUCCAACCUGAGCUACGAGGAACAGGCUGUGGCCAACACUUACCGGACGAUGAACACGUUGCUCCUCAACGAGCUUCCUCGGUUUAACGGUUUGGCUCUGCAGAUGAUCUGGAGCAUGUUGGGGACGUUCAGCUGUCUGCAUAAAGACCUCGCUGCAGACAUGGAGCAACUGUUCCAGAGCUUUGCACAACAGCUCCCUCACAGCUCUCUGGACUCCGGUGCAUUCUGGGAGUGGGCGGAGUCCGCGGCGCUAGGGGGUGCGAGGAGGCUGGAGACCUUGUGUCGAAGUGUGGAGGACACGCUCAACGCACCCGUCGUUCAGCCUCUGAGCCCGUCCUUUCAGCGCCGUCUGAAGCAGCUCACAGAUAAGCACGGUUCUGGAAAGAUCUACCAGGUGAUAAGCACGGUGGUGGGCAGCCGAGACCUGGACCUGAACCUGGCCAAAGGGGAGCUGGUGGCCAUCAUCAGUGAGGCUGAUACCCGCGGAGACAAACGGAGAUGGCUGGUAGACGCAGGAGGCAGAAGAGGUUACGCUCCUUCCUCGAAGCUGAUUCGUUAUCAUCAGCCAGCAGAGGACCCGCCUCCUUCACCCCACCUGACCCUGCCCGAGAGCACGACGGGAAUCAGAAGACACUCAUACACCCCCGAGAGCCGGCCGAUGACGGUCCCGAUCCAGCCUUGCUUCCAGGUAUUUGCUGCCUAUGACUUCAUGGCGAGAGGAAACCACGAAGUGUCGAUGCGGGCUGGUGAGCCGGUUCGUGUCCUGGAGCCACACGACAAGAGAGGGAACAAUGAAUGGAGCCUGGUGGAGUUGAGAGGAGGGCAGAGAGGCUACGUGCCCUCCAACUACCUUAUCAUCACGCCUAUAGGGACGGGGCCGCCCGGCACCUACCAGCCCUACUGCUAGUAGGGACGGAUGUACAGUAUCAGCAUGUACAGUGUGACAAAAGUCUCACCGGUAGAUUUGAAGACUUACAGCAGUAUUUUUGCAACGAAGCUGCACCUGCUUCUCAAACAGUAGCAUGAGCCUACAUAUCAGUUAUUUUGAUUGUCAGUAAAAUGUUUAAACUGACUGUAGAGCCAUUAAAUAACCUACAAUUAUUUACUGGCAACUGUGUGAGCAAUAGAAAGGCCAAAUUCUGCUUCUAGUUCUUAACCAUCUCGUAUCUUGUAAGAUUUUCAAAUUACAAGGAAAAGAAAGUUGAACAAAGUCUGCUAAAGUUUUACAAGUAAGGGCUUAUUGACCUUUUUUAGGCCAUUUCUGCACUAAGAUUAAUUCCGAUCUAAAUCUGCUUUUUCAAACACCAAAAAAUUCAUCUUCUCAAGAUCGCUCUCCAAAGUGAAGACAUAAGGCUCAAUGCAUACACCUGCUAUCGUUGUGGCGCUUAAUGAAGGACAGCAAACCAGUAAAACAAUCUAAAAAACGCUAGUGUGGGAGGAAAACCUUGAGACAUAUGAGAGAAAAUUCUGGCUUUGGCCCCAGAAAAUCCUUUACUGAAGUAGUGUUAACAUACAGACGACACACUGGAGAGAAGGAAGGAAGCAGCAGCUCUGGAUCUGCUCUGAGAUGGAAUUUAAUCCUGCGUCUUAAGGUUGCAUCGCAAUUUUUAUUUUAUUUUUUUUGGCCAGUGUUACAAAGCACCAGAGACAAUGUGAAAUAACUUCUGAAGGCAAGCAGAGGUCAUAUGAAGACUCAUAUCCCAUGAUCCUCUGCAGGAGAGAUUGUAUUGAAAUCUAUCGGCUGCAUGCUUUUCUUCAAGCGUCCGUGUGUUAGCGAGCUAACUGCAACACAGAGAGCGAAAGGUGUGUGUGUGUGUGUGUGUGUGCAUCUGUUUGAUAUGAAAUUGGGAUGACAGGUGAGUGUGUGCAUGUGUGUGUGUGUGUUUGUGUUUGUGUGUAGAGUGUCCUCCUCCUCCUCCUCACCUGGAGGCAGGAGCAGCACUGUAUCGAGACUGACAGGUAUGCCGCGCUCUCAUCAUCUCAGACUGUGUAAUGUGAUGUAAAUGCAAAAUGUCUCCAGGGCCGAGUAGGAGAGAGACGGCGAGAGAGAGACAGACAGAGAGAGAGAGAGAGAGAGAGAGAGAGAGAGGAGAGUAGGAGGUGGAGAUGUAAAGAGAGAGGAAGGAAUUCAUAACGGGGAAGAAGUGAAAAGAGUUGGAGGGAAAAUGGGAAAAGGAUGGAAUAGCAGGCAGGGAGGAGACGGUAGCACAAAGUUAUCCUGUUAGCUUGAUUCUGUUUCCUUCUCUGCCUGUAAGCUGAUUUAAAUUCAAGUUCAAGUUCUUUACAGUUACUUCUGUAGUACAAACUCAAAAUAUCCUUCUCCACAGCGCAACAUAUAACGAGACACCACUGAAAGUCACUAAAACUCAUUAUAAACAGAUACACACUGGUCAUGUGUCGUGUUGGUUCUGCUGAAUAUGUUUGAGUGCAAUAAUAAUCCUCUCCUCAUACUGUACUGUACAUUUUUGUGGUCUAUUUACAACAUGGGAUCAGUGCUGUGUGCCAUGUAGGGAUGAUAGUAAAUAUAAUAAUGCAGGAAAUAUAUACAGGAUGGUUACAGGAUAAGAUAAACCAGAUAAAUGGUGCAAAAUCAGUCCCAAAGAGAGAAAGUAGCUGGUGCAGUUUUAACGUGUGUGCGUGCGUGUUGCGUGUUGCGUGUGUCGUUGUGGCAUUUCUGUAAGUUGGCAGGACUGUGAAAACGUUUCGCCACAGUAACGUUCAUGCAUGUGGGUGUGUGUGUUUAGUGAAGGUUUGCCAGAAGGUUUUCAGUGUCUCCUCAUCGCGAUGUAAACAGACGACGAGCUAAACGGUUCCUUCCCCGCAGAGUGAACGUCUCUGUUUUAUAUAUUUUAUUUCUGUGCCUCUAGUCCAGAAAAUAACCUACCUGCCACCUCGCUGCAACAUCCCGAGAACUGAUUCCUGUCUCUUUUAGAAAGUAAAUGCUUUCUCUGACCCUGCAAACAUGCCUUUUGGAUUUGGAGUCAAGUCUUCAUCUCCAGUCAUUUCUUAUGUAUGUUGUGUUUAUCUACAGCUAAAAUAUUAUCUAAUGGAGAAAAGAUCUAGAUGUCCAUAAUAUCCAUGACAGUCGUUGGUUAACCCAAGAUUUUUAGGUAAAUCUGACAGUCUAACAGCUAUAAAUAUAAAAUAGAUUACAUUAAUCAAAACUAUACCACCAUCAACUACUUACAUGUAAACACCAGACUGUAUAUAAGAGACUUUUUAUACAUGUAAAAGAUAUAAAUAUAUAUAUACUACACAAUCAAACAAUCAAAUUGAUAAUCUCCCUGUUUUUUGACUAGAAUUUGAAAGCUGCACUAAUUAUUAUUUUUAUAUUAACAGUGGCUCAAAUCACUACGUGUGAUGUGAAAGGGGUCACGCGUAGUGUCGGAAGUUAUCACCAAAUCUGCAGCUCAGUGGAGCUGACCCAAACUUUACUGUCCUGGUUUAGUUUCAGCAGCAGCAGGCGGCUUUUCUCAGAGAAAAAGCUCUGAUUAAUCCACCGAACAUCGUACGCUACCCGCUCAGCAACAAACAGCAAACAGACACCGUUAGCUUCUAGCUGGUGAACGUAGCGGAGCAUUUAGCAACUAAAGAGCCAAAUAUUUCCCUCAAAAUGAAUGAAUGUUGCACUUGUGUAACCUGGCAAUAGUUUUCUAACAUGUUAACCAUAUCAACUUUACCAGCUCAUAAUGAUUUUGAGUUUGUUGUUGAGUUCUGCCUCCAAGAAAACUGUCCAAAAACACUGAUUGAAUUGCAGUUGACCCCACAAUCAAAUAGGACAUUUUUGAGGAAGAACAAACAUUAAUGUUUUCUUAAAUCACUCUCUACAUGAUGGAGCCUGCUUGACAGCGACUAUUAAUGACAUUCCUGGUCACGCGAGCAUGUUUUGCAUUUAAUUUGAGUCCUCUCUUGUUGGAUUGUGCUGUAUCAGCUGCUGAUAUGAAGCAGAGCGGGUUAGGCCGGGAUUCAGAGCUGCUCAGCUGGAGCUUAGCUGUUCCCAUCAGUCUGAAUGUCAGGACGGAGCAGAGCAGCAGGAGGGACAGAGUGUGUGUGUGUGCAUGCGUGUGUGUGUGUGUGUGUGUGUGUGUGUGUGUGUGUGUGUGUGUGUGUGUGUGUGUGUGUGUGUGUGUGUGUGUGUGUGUGCUGCUACAUAUCUGCCAAAAUGCUAAAUGUCCUCAAGGUUAGUAAGAUGAAGGAAAAUUAAGAAAAUACCCCAAACUGGACAACAUUUGUCUGCCUUUUACCUCUUCAAAAGGCCAUUAAAUGUUGUUAAAAACAGGUAAUGUCAGUAAAUCUUACAUUUUGGGAUCCUUUCAACUGUUAAAUAUAUUUUUAUCACACUUAACAAGCGUGUGAAACCGCUGUUAGUGAUCCCUCCUGCACUUCUUAAUCCUUUUUUAAACAUAUUCCCUUUGAAAACCAAAAAUCAAGCUUUUUACCGCAAAAAUUUAAAUGAAUCACCUCAUCAGACACUCUAAAAAAUACUGAGAACCACAAGCUGAUAAUAUAUGACCAUGUAUAUGUAGCAAAAUAUGGAUGUUACCAUGACAAUCUGAAUUAUUGAUCAGAAACUGGAUAAGUUAAUUGGAGUAAUUUGGGCAUGAUCGCUGGCCUUACAGGUAUGAUGAUGUGCCUACAGGAAUGUGUGUGUGUGUGUGUGUUAGUUAGUGUGUGUGUGUGUUAGUGUGUGUGUGUGUGUGUGUGUGUGUGUGUGUGUGUGUGCCAAAGGAAGCUAUGUUUUUCACCUUUCCACCACUAGAGGGAGUUAAGAGACCUUUGUUGGAUGUGUUUAACAGAGCCCUUGUAUUUCACUGUGUAACUGGAAAGAGAGAGAGUAUGUGUGUGUGUGUGUGUGUGUGUGUGUGUGUGUGUGUGUGUGUGUGUGUGUGUGUGUGUGUGUGUGUGUCUGACCUCCAUCCUCUCAUUUGUCAGUGUUAGUGCUUGCCUGAGACAGCAGCCAAGCCAAAAUGUAAUCAUGUAUAUUCUGUUAAUAUUGUUCAGUUUACCUGUGACUUAUUGUUGUUGUUUUUUUUAACCUGAUGUUGUUUAACAUGUUUAACCUGCUGAUGAUCUGGUUUUACAGUCUGUACAGCUUCUCUCUGUUUAUAAUUUAUUGUUUUAUAACUCGUGUUUAGUCAUUUUGCUGUUUUAACUUAUUUGACGCUGCAGGGCUGCAUGACCCUGAAAUGAAUCAUGAAGUCUUUGAGGUCUUGUGCCAAAGUUAUGAUGUUGAACUCACACACACACACACACACACACACUCACACACACACACACACACACACACACACACACACAUAUACGUUCACGCAGCAGAUGGGAGUUUCUGCAGUGCAGCAGUAACGUCUAUCUGGGCAGCUGUGAAUCGACUGUGUGGUUCCAAUAAAACUAAACUGAAACGUGUUCAGUGUCAUUGUCUCAUUUCAUACCAGAAAACAUUUAAUGCACAAUGAAAUAUAUAUAUACAGUAAAUGACAAAAUAAAGCAGAAAAUCCUCACGUUUAAGGAGCUGGAACCAGGAAAUGU